AUGGGUACCACGGAAGCCACACUGAGGAUGGAGAAUGUGGAUGUGAAGGAAGAGUGGCAAGAUGAAGACUUCCCCAGGCCACUCCCAGAAGAGGCAGGAAUGGAGUCUUUGGGAAGCCCAACAGAGAACACGUUGUCUCCUCCAAAUACAUUAAAUUUUGGUAAUGGGGCCCAUCACAAGCGGAAGACCUUGGUUGCCCCAGAAAUCAACAUCUCCUUGGAUCAGAGUGAAGGGUCACUCCUGUCCGAUGACCUCCUGGACACACCUGAUGACCUGGACAUCAACGUGGAUGACAUUGAGACCCCGGACGAGACCGAUUCCCUCGAGUUCCUGGGCAACGGCAACGAGCUAGAGUGGGAGGAUGACACUCCUGUGGCCACAGCCAAGAACAUGCCAGGAGACAGCGCGGACUUGUUUGGGGAUGGCACUGGGGAAGACGGCAGCGCCACCAAUGGCCGCUUGUGGAGGACGGUCAUCAUCGGCGAGCAGGAGCACCGCAUCGACCUGCAGAUGAUCAAGCCGUACAUGAAAGUGGUGACGCACGGAGGUUAUUAUGGAGAAGGGCUGAAUGCCAUCAUUGUUUUUGCAGCUUGCUACCUGCCUGACAGUAACCUACCCGAGUACCAUUACAUCAUGGAAAACCUCUUCCUGUACGUGAUCAGUAGUUUGGAGCUCCUGGUGGCCGAAGACUACAUGAUCGUGUACCUGAACGGUGCCACGCCACGCCGAAGGAUGCCCGGAAUUGGCUGGCUGAAAAAAUGCUAUCAAAUGAUCGACAGGAGAUUGCGGAAAAACCUGAAGGCAUUGAUCAUUGUUCAUCCAUCAUGGUUCAUUCGGACGGUGCUCGCUAUAUCACGGCCAUUCAUCAGUGUUAAAUUCAUCAGCAAAAUCCAGUACAUCCACACCUUGGAGGAGCUGGCGCGGAGCAUCCCCAUGCAACAUGUCCAGAUCCCAGACUGCAUCCUGCAGUUUGAAGAGGAGCGGAACAGAGCAAGGAAAGAAAGGGCAGAAGAGAAACAGGACAUGGCUGAGAGAGAGAGGACAUUGAAGAUGAAGCAGAUGAAGAACCAGGCAGCACACCUGUUUUCAAGGCAAGGCAAUGGUGCCGGGAGACCAUCUUUCCUAGACUGAUGGGCAGCACCAGCAC